AUAUUUUUUUAAAUUUAGUUGAAUUCCAAAUUUUUUAACAAAAGUAUGAGUUGCCAAAGAAGAAAUCCUAGAAGAGGUAUAAAUUUUCAACUAGGAAGUCACGAAGUGCGUGAAACUGAAAAUAUUGUUGUUGUUCUAGAAGGAAGUAAUGAAAACCAAUCUAUUCUGAUUGACAAUAAUCCUAAUUUAAAUGACAGCUCCGAAAUUCGAAUUACUGAAGAAAAAUGCAACAGCGAAUCUCAAACAACACCAGGGUUAAUGAAAAAUGGAAUACCAAUGAAUGAAGAUGGCAAAGGCAUUGGAGAAGAUUCCAUUGAUGAAGAGCAAUCUUGUCCUGUUUGUUUUGAGGAAUGGACUAGUUCUGGGAAGCAUCGUUUAUGCUCUCUUAAUUGUGGACAUUUGUUUGGCCGCAGUUGUAUUGAAAGGUGGAUAAAAGAGCAAAGAAACAAAAACUGUCCUCAGUGUAAACACCCUUCUAAAUUAAAAGAUAUCAGAAACAUAUAUGCUAAACAUCUAAAAGUUCUUGAUACCACAGACAGAGAUCAAGCCCAAAAAGAGCUUUUAGAAGAACGUUACAGGCGAUCAAGAGCUGAAGAGAAUGAAGCCAAAGCAUUACUGCAGUGUCAACUAUUAAGAGCUGAAAUGGAACGUCUACGGCGAGAAGUGGAAAAACAGACAUCUAGUUGUUCAACAAGCUCAUUGCGGAACUCAAAUCAAUCAUCUGUAUUUAUUGCAAACACACAAGAUAUGUGUCCAUUAAGGCAACCUCUUGCUACUGUAAGUUCUUCGCAUAUAUCUUCAAGUCGAACAUUUGUUUUUCAAAAGACUCUACAAGUUUCAACAAAAGAGGCUCGCACCUUGGCAUUUGAUAAAAGCAAUAUGAUGAUAACAGUAUCAAAACCUUCUCCCAACCAGUUAUUUAAAGGUUAUGGAGUGCUCAAGGUAAGUUCACUGGAUUCUCGUUGCAGUGAGUUUAUCUCUAUUCAUCAAAACGUAAUUCGAGACAGUAAAUUUAAUAACACAUGCGAUCGUUUACUUCUCACAGCAUCAACAGAUAAAACUAUAAAAGUUUCAAAUAUGUUAAGUAACAGUGUAGUUAUAAGUUAUAAUUGUCCCGGACCUGUGUGGGCCUGCGGCUGGAACGAAACAAAUACCAAUAUUAUUUAUGCAGGAAUCCAAAAUGGAGAAUGUUGCAUAUACGACAUUCGACAAACUAAUGAAAUGCUUAUGAGUAUUCGGCCUCGCUUUGGUGCAUAUCCUAUUGUAUCUCUUUCAUAUGUACCUGCAUCAGAAGAAAGUCAAUCGAUGUGUUGCGAAGGAGUGCUUUUUGGAACAUUGCAAGGUGGUUGGUUUAUGCAUAAAGAUAAUGUUCACAAUUAUAGCGAUCGCCAGUUACUUUUUCCUGAAGGAUCUUCAUUUGGUUUGUACUUUGAGCCAAAAACUCGCUAUUGUAUGUUAUCACAAAGACCAAGUAAAAAAACAUCGAGAGUUACUCAUAUGAUAUGUUCGUUAUCUGGAGACGGAUCAGAAAUCAAUCCUAUAAGAACGAACCUUGUUCAACAGUGCUACGGUGGCUGCAGCGCUCAAUCAUUAACUCGUUCGUGUAUUUUUCCUAAUCCAGACGAUCCAACACAAUUGAUUGUUUGCGCUGGAGACGAAUCUUCAUCUUCGGUGAUUGUUUGGGAUGGCUUACGCGGAAAGCAAAUACAAACACUGACAAAUGCCGGCGGAACAGUAUUUGAUGUACUCUCAUUUCAAGCUCACGAUUCGAAUUUUCUUGCCUCGCUCACUGAGACUAAACUAUCGUUUUAUAAAUGGCAAUAGCUGACAAAAAUUUGUCUUCAUGAAACUUUAUAAAAUAAUUUUUUAAUAUUUAACAAUAAAAAAUUACGUAUAGCAA